ACCCAGCCAGGGGCCGGGAGCACCGGAACGGGGCUGAGCCCGGGAGCCCGCAGCGAGCCGAGAGCCAUGGCGUGCCGAGCCGCGUCCCCCCGCACCGCAGCCCCGGGGGCUCCCUUCCUGCUUCGUCCUGGCCCGGCACGCCCCAGGGCGGCAUUAAUGGCACUCGGGGCUGCUGCCGUGCUGCUGUGCGCGGUGCUGGGCCCCGAGCCGAGCGAGGCUCAGCCCUUCCCUUUCCGAGACCCAACGCUGCCCUGGCACCGCCGCCUCGAGGACCUGCUGGGCCGGCUGAGCCCUGAUGAGAUGGUGCUGCAGGUAGCCAGGGGGGGAGCGAUGGGGAACGGCCCCGCACCCCCCAUCCCGCGCCUGGGCAUCGGGCCCUACAACUGGAACACCGAGUGCCUGCGGGGCGACGCGGAGGCGCCCGGGUGGGCCACGGCUUUCCCCCAAGCGCUGGGGCUCGCCGCUGCUUUCAGCCCCGAGCUCGUGUACCGGGUGGCCAAUGCCACCGCCACCGAGGUGCGCGCCAAGCACAACCACUUCGCUGCCACCGGCCGCUACGACGACCACACGGGGCUCAGCUGCUUCAGCCCCGUGCUCAACAUCAUGAGGCACCCGCUGUGGGGCAGGAACCAGGAGACCUACGGGGAGGACCCGUUCCUGAGCGGGGAGCUGGCGGCGAGCUUCGUGCGGGGGCUGCAGGGCCGGCACCCGCGCUACAUCAAGGCCAGCGCCGGCUGCAAGCACUUCAGCGUGCACGGGGGCCCCGAGAACAUCCCCGUCUCCAGGCUCAGCUUCGAUGCCAAGGUGCUGGAGCGGGACUGGCGCACCACCUUCCUGCCCCAGUUCCAGGCGUGCGUGCGUGCCGGGUCCUACAGCUUCAUGUGCAGCUACAACAGGAUCAACGGCGUUCCCGCCUGCGCCAACAAGAAGCUGCUGACGGACAUCCUGCGGGGCGAGUGGGGCUUCGAGGGCUACGUGGUGAGCGACGAGGGGGCCGUGGAGCUCAUCAUGCUGGGGCACCACUACACCCGCACCUUCCUGGAGACGGCCGUCGCGUCGGUGAACGCUGGCUGCAACCUGGAGCUGUCCUACGGGAUGAGGAACAACGUCUUCAUGCACAUCCCCCAGGCCCUGGCCAUGGGCAACAUCACGCUGGAGACGCUGCGCGCCAGGGUGCGGCCCCUCUUCUACACGCGGCUGCGGCUGGGGGAGUUCGACCCCCCAGCCAUGAACCCCUACAGCGCCCUGGACCUCGGCGUGGUGCAGAGCCCUGAGCACCGCAACCUCUCGCUGGAAGCUGCCGUCAAGAGCUUCGUGCUGCUGAAGAACCAGCGGGACACGCUGCCCCUGCGUGCCCGCGACCUGCCCGGCAAGCGCCUGGCGGUGGUGGGCCCCUUCGCGGACAAUCCCCGGGUGCUUUUUGGGGACUACGCGCCGGUGCCAGAGCCGCAGUACAUCUACACGCCCCGGAGGGGGCUGCAGAUGCUGCCGGCCAACGUCAGCUUUGCGGCGGGGUGCUGGCAGCCGCGGUGCCAGCAGUACUCGCGGGCAGAGGUGGAGGAUGCGGUGCGGGGAGCCGACGUGGUGCUGGUGUGCCUGGGGACAGGGAUAGAUGUGGAGACGGAGGCGAAGGACCGGAGGGAUCUGGCGCUGCCAGGCCACCAGCUGGAGCUGCUGCAGGACGCCGUGCGGGCAGCCGCCGGGCGCCCCGUCAUCCUGCUGCUCUUCAACGCGGGGCCCCUGGACGUGAGCUGGGCGCAGGCACACGACGGCGUGGGGGCCAUCCUGGCCUGCUUCUUCCCCGCCCAGGCCACCGGGCUGGCCAUCGCCAGGGUCCUGCUGGGCGAGCAGGGGGCCAACCCCGCCGGCAGGCUGCCGGCCACGUGGCCAGCGGGCAUGCACCAGGUGCCCCCCAUGGAGAACUACACCAUGGAGGGGCGGACGUACCGCUACUACGGGCAGGAGGCCCCGCUCUACCCCUUCGGGUACGGCCUGUCCUACACCACCUUCCAGUACCGGGACCUGGUGCUGAGCCCCCCGGUGCUGCCCAUCUGCGCCAACCUCUCCGUGUCCGUGGUGCUGGAGAACACCGGGCAGCGGGACGGCGAGGAGGUGGUGCAGCUGUACCUGCGGUGGGAGCAGCCGUCGGUGCCGGUGCCCCGCUGGCAGCUGGUGGCCUUCCGCCGCGUGGCCGUGCCGGCCGGCCAGGCGACCAAGCUGUCCUUUGGGGUGCUGGCCGCCCAGCGCGCCGUCUGGACGCAGCACUGGCACCUGGAGCCCGGCACCUUCACCCUCUUCGCCGGUGGGCAGCAGCCGGGCCAGCAGACGAGGGCGCCUUCGGAGGUGCUGAGCGCGCGGUUCAGCACCAGCGGGGCCGCGCGGCCACUGCGCGAGUGCUAGGGGCGGGAAGGGGCACGGGGACGGGUCCUGGGCACGGGGAGCAGGGGGAAGGAGGAGGCUGCUUGGACACGGGGGGCGCAGCGCUCUGCCUUACAAUAAAGUGCCCAGCGCUGCUCCAGGA